AUGUACACACCCUUGGCCCUCCUUGCUGCACUCGGCUCUCUUAGCCAUGCUGCUGCCGUACCUACCUUCCCUCAGCUCGAAGUCCGUCAAUCGGCAGCGAGUGUGAACGCCAGCUUAGGCAAUGUCACAAUCUUCGCCACUGGCGGCACUAUUGCUGGUUCUGCUGGCUCUGGAGUUCAGACCACAGGCUACACUGCAGGAGCUGUUGCCAUCCAAACGUUGAUCGAUGCCGUACCUGAGCUGCUCAACAUCUCAAAUAUCAAUGGCGUACAGGUCUCGAACGUCGACUCAGGAAAUGUUAACGCGACUAUUCUCCUGGAGUUGAACCGUCAGAUCACAGCUGAGCUUGCAAAGAACACCUCGACUGGUGCUGUGGUGACCCACGGUACCGACACUCUUGAGGAGACCGCUUUCUUCUUGGAUCUCACUAUUGCAUCCAAGAAGCCUGUCGUAGUCGUUGGCGCCAUGCGUCCUUCCACUGCUACUUCCGCAGACGGUCCUCUGAACCUGUACCAGGCUGUCACUCUUGCUGUCACUCCCGAGGCUAAGGGCCGUGGCACCAUGGUUACACUCAACGACCGUAUCGACAGCGCGUUCUACGUGGUCAAGAACAACGCAAACUCGCUCGACACUUUCAAGGCCAUCGAAGAAGGUCACCUUGGUUUCUUCUUGGACUCUGUCCCUCAAUUCUACUACUCGCCCGCAACCCCUCACGGCAAGCCAUUCUUUGAUAUCGCAUCUCUGAACUUGACCACUUUGCCUCACGUCGACAUCCUCUACGGUCACCAAGACAGCAACCCCGAGCUCAUUCGUGCCUCUGCUGAAUCUGGUGCUGAAGCCAUUGUCUUUGCUGGUACUGGUGCUGGUGGUUGGACCACAAAGGGAAGACAAGUUGCCCAAGCUGUCUACAACGAGACUGGAAUUCCCAUGGUCUUUUCCACUCGCACAAUGAACGGCUUCGUCUCUCCCGAAGACGAUGGCUGGUCCAUCUCCAGCGGUGAUCUUGACCCCCAGAAGGCUAGAAUCUUGCUUCAGUGUGCUCUUGCCGUUGGCUACAACACUACCCAGAUUGCCGAUAUCUUUGGUGCUCUGCAGGUCUCAUAG